UUUUGCAUGUGAAGUAAACACACUUCAGAACGGACUGAUGGUACGUUCACAGACGCAGUUUGACUUGAAAUGAGAAGACGACCAAAAGAGACGAACAAAUCAGGAUGCACUGGUUGUAUUUCCUCAUUUUAUCUCUGCUUGUUUGCGUUCAAAGCUGGAUAUCAGCAUUAAGAGUGAAAAGGAGAAGCCAGCCAUAUGAUGAGUUGUACUACAAGUAUUUUCACCGUGCCCUGCAAUGGAAGGAUGCGGAGGAACUAUGCAAGCGGCAGUCUGGGAACUUAGCCACUGUCUCCAACCCGGCAGAGUACCAAAAGCUAAAGAGCUUCUUAAAAUACCAGAAUAUCUCUCGCCAUGUGUGGAUUGCCAGGAAAACCCUAACACAUCAAAAAAAUUCUUCCAAGACACUGAUUUUGGAUUUCUCCAGGCGUUCGAAUCAGAUGCAUGGUCAACUUCAGCACACGUUUCCCUCCAUGAGCUCAUUGACUGUUUGCACCCAACUGCACUUCAAACCAAACACCUUUGGAAUUUCCACAGUCUUUUCUUAUUCCAUUAAUGACUUCCAACUCCAAGCAAAUCUGACCCAGGGAAACCCUGUGCAGUUGGCUCUGCGGAUCCAUGGCAAACAAGGGCCUUACGUCAAUGCCUUCGAACAUGACGACUCCUGGCACUCUGUGUGUGUUUCUUGGAGCCAGGAUGACGGAAGCUGGGCUCUGUACGCUCACGGUCAUGUGGUUUCAAGGGGGAUUGGCAUGAAUUGUAAUAAUGACAGCAUUAGCCUAAAUAGCGUCUUCAUUAUUGGUCAGGGGCAGGACAGCUCUUUUGAGUCAAAUGAUGCAUUCUCAGGGAGAAUCACCAAUCUGCACAUUUGGGAUUGGGUUUUGAGCAGCUGUGAAAUACUCGCCAUGGAAAAUGAAUGUUCAACCAUCUCCUCUGGGCUGGUGUUUAAGUGGAGUGAGCUAUUACUGGAAACAGAUGACCAGAUGUGGGGGGAAAGCCCGUGUCAAGGGAAAUUUGCUGAUUUCACUGUGGAUUUCUUUGAUUCGUUGUUGGAUGGGACUUCUUGGCGAAACCAAACUUUCACUGUUGAAAUUUUCCAGAAAAAGAUCGUUCAUGAAGAUUGUGGAGUGUUUAACCCUGUUACAGAGAGCUGCCUCUUAGAGAGUUGCAACUCAUACAACAGAGUUGUUUGUCAAUUAAAGAAGGCAAAGCCCAGUUUGCCAAAGUCUCCUUUUUUCAGUAAACUGAGCAAAUAUCCAAACGUGACACAGGUAAUGGAGGAGCUAAGCAUCAACACGUCCCAAAACAGAGAUUUGACCUCCCUGCAGCAGCUGACUCAGGCUGCUGUGCAUACAAUGGAGGCUGAUGGCCAUCACCCCUUAAACUCAAUUGACAUCCUCCACUUCACUCAGUUGAUUGAUGGCAUUGCAGCCAGCACCCACUCUGCAGGAACCAAUUCAGCAGAGGUCAUGAUGUCCAUUGCUAAAAACUAUUUAAAGCUAGCAAAUGUGAUGCUUGAGCCGCAAAUGGCUACGCAGUGGGUUAGUCGGACUGAGGAUGGGGUCAACACUGGACCAUUUACAAUUAUCAAGAGCAUUGAUAGUCUCACCGAAGCUCUUGCAGACACACUGUCUGUGCAGCGAAGGAACUUCACUCUCUCUACUAAAAACAUAGAUGUGUACCUGAAGUGGCAAAAACUUUCUCCUGAGAGCAGCAGUCAGGUUUUCAAGCCAUCUGCAGUCUCCUCUCACAGGCCCAGAGGAAGUAGUCACAAUGAGCUGGUUAUCCCAGACUCUGAACUACAGCGGUUACAUAAAUUAGGAUGUAAAGAAGUGAUGCUUAUUCAUACCCACUAUAGUCAUCUCAGUGAGGUUGUGUCUGCUGCAGAGAAAUCUACAAAGACUCAGCUAAACACAACAAAGAGUACUCUUCCAGGCAAACUAACCUCUGCUGUCAUAUCAGCGACUGUCCGAGACGUCUUGAAGGGCCAAACCGUCCCUGUGGCCGUCCAGUACACCCUUUCAUCUUCACAAGUGAUGAAGUAUUCCCAGAGAGUUCCUCCUGUUUGUGCAUUUUGGAAUUUCAGCCUCAUGCAUAGUCACGGGAGUGGCUGGUCCAGUGAUGGCUGCUCCAUGAUCUCUGUUGGCUCCAGUGAUAUUUCAUGUCUGUGUAACCACACAACCAACUUUGCGAUCCUGAUGAAUUACUUGGAAUCUAAGUGGAGUCCUGAAGAAGAGCUUAUUUUGACCAAGCUUACGUUCAUCGGCUGUGGGGCAUCUCUCUGCGCACUGGUGGUGACCUUGAUGCUCUUCACUGUCCUGGACAUCCCUAAAUCAGACAGGACCUCCAUCCAUAAAAACCUGUUUAUAGCUCUGAUCUGUGCCCAGGUGAUUCUGCUCUGCAGUGGCUCCGCCAUACAUAGCAAGGUGGCAUGCACACUUGUUGCUGCACUGCUCCAUCUUUUCUUCAUGGCAGCAUUCAGCUGGAUGCUGGUUGAAGGGCUGCUGCUCUGGAGCAAAGUAGUUGCAGUGAACCUCAGCGAGGAUCAUCAUAUGAAGUAUUACUAUCUCAUCGGUUGGGGUCUUCCUGUGCUGAUCGUCACCAUCACUCUUGCAUCGGCCUCAGGCAAAUACUCAGCUGAUGACUACUGUUGGCUCAGUGUCCAAAAUGGCAUCAUCUGGGGAUUUGUUGGUCCGGUCAUCUUCAUCAUAAUGGUCAAUAUCUUGGUGCUGACCAGGGUGGUAAUCAUCACCAUCUCUACAGCAAAAAGAAGGUCCAUUAUGCUCGCCUUGGGCAUGAGUCCUGCUGAGCAAGCCUAUGAGCAGAUCAGGGCCGCAGUGAAAGCAGUGUUGGUGUUGCUGCCAAUACUUGGACUGACAUGGCUUUUUGGAGUUUUGGUACCAUUUUCCAUCGUCAUGGCCUACCUCUUCAUUCUUCUCAAUUCCUUACAGGGCCUGUUCAUCUUUCUGAUAUAUGGGGUGUACAACACAGAGGUAUGGAGUACUGUCAACAGGAUCAAGGAGAGGAGAAGAGCUCUUAAUUUGUCUAACUGUGCCAGCUCCCGACCGUCCAGUUCUUUGACCACUUCCCGUCCUGUAAGUUACCCGCUUGGAUCAACCCCCAGCCAGGAGGAAGAGACCUAUCCGUGCAACAGCGCGUCUUCCAAUAGGAUGGAGGAAGAGAAGAGCAGGGGUCAGUUACCCAAUCAAUCUGUUGAAGAAAAAUCCCUGCUCCAAACAUCCACAUUGACUCCAAUGGAUAAGAAGGAGCCUCCUCCUGUAGAAGUGGAUGCCUUGCCAGCUGGAUGCAGCCUUCAUGUUCCCAUGGACGUUGAGUUUGCAGCUUCCUGUUUCCCUCGCAUUCCUCCACCUUAGAUAAACUCUGCAUAGAGUGACCAAACUGGCUUAAUGAUGUGUUGUUUAAAAUUGUGACUUAUUUUCUGAUAGAUGUUUCCUUUUUUUCUAUCGUACCUCUUUUUAUUCUGUUCUCUCUAAUCAGUGAUUCUGUAAAAAUAAGAAAACUCAUUUGAGGGAGAAAUGAGGAGGUACUGACUGACUAACACAUUUUAAUGAUAUACUGGAUGAUAUUUACAUAAUACCUGAAGUUUAUGUUCAAUUUAUUGUCUUAUUACUAUUAAGCCAAUAUAACUAACUAUAUUUUUUCUAUAAGAUCUUUUAGUUUUCUUUCUGUACAGUUACUAUAUACAGUAUUUAACUUUCCCAUUCUUGGUUUAAAUUUGUUUGUAAUAAUUUUUUGAAGUGAUUUGUAACUAAUUUUAACAAUCAGCUAAGACCCAGAAUGUGACAGAAGGUGAAAUAAAAGUUGAACAGAGGUACUCUGUGUAAAUGUGAUUCAAUUAUGUACAUACAUACAUAUACACACACACACACACAUA